AGGUGAUCAUUAUGAGAUAGUUUUUGUUAGAGUUAGAAGACAAUUUUCCAUAGUAUAAUUUUGAAAUUCCAGUUUAAUUAGAGAAUUGUUAAAGACAAAUUAACUGGCCAAUUGGGCAAAUUGUGGCAAUUGAUCAGAGUAGAAAAGAAAUUAAGAGCAUGUUGAAUGUUUCGGUGGAAAAUUCGUUCAAAAUGAGACUCAUUGAGUGCAAAAAAUGUUUGACAACCGUUCGUUCAUGAGUUAGAUGUGAGUAAGGGCACAGUUAGUAUCUCAUGACGUAAAAGGAAAAGGGUGGCUUAAUUCAAUAGUUCCUGCUGGAGACGUUGCUCCCCAAGCGUCAGCCGUCAGGCACCAAGGCUGUCGUGCUGUCAACUGUCAGGCAUCUGGAUAACGUUUUCCAGAUAUCGUCGAGUACAAAUUCCACGUCGGCGACCCCAGCGAAUUUAAUUCCGGGCCGGGUGGCGGGUUGAAAGGCUCUGCAGAUCUUCGAAUUUCAUGGCAAACGGCAGAAAGUUAUGUAAAAGUGUACGGCUAUAUCAAUUUCUUUUCGCCCUCCUGACGGUGACAAUUACGGCUGUGAUUCUCUACAAGAGGAUGACCUGGGAAUCUCAACGUGAUGCCAGGUUCAACGCUGAUCGUCAGGUCAACGGCAAGGAAGAUACGGGCGCAGAUGAAUUGGAUAUUUCCAAGCCUUUCUUGGGCCACAAGAUAGUUCACUUGGACCUUAAAGGAGCAGCCCCUAAGAUUUCAUAUUUAUCAUGGUUCUUUCCAUACAUCAAGAAGCUGGGCGCGACUGGCAUCUUGAUAGAAUAUGAGGACAUGUUCCCUUAUACGUCGUUAGACGUGUCUGCCAAGAAUGCCUACAGCAAGAACGAUAUCGCUGAUAUCUUAACGAUGGCCAACAAGAGCUCGCUUGAAAUCAUCCCGUUGAUACAGACCUUUGGUCACCUCGAGUUCGUCCUCAAGCUCGAAAAAUACAUGCACCUGAGAGAAGUGAACAAAUAUCCACAGGCCAUCUGCCCUUCUAAAGAGCAAUCCUUGGAAGUUUUGAAAAAUAUGAUAGAUGACGUGAUGCUAAUGCACAAAGGAUACAUUGAGUACCUGCACAUCGGCUGUGAUGAAGUAUACCAAAUUGGUGAAUGCAAUGAUUGUAAAGUUAGAAACUACAACAAUAAGUGGAACAAUGAAGAUUUAUUUCUUGCUCAUGUCACAACCCUUGCAACAUAUAUUAGGACGGUUUACCCUGGUGUCACUCCUUUGAUUUGGGAUGACCAGAUGAGAUCGAUAUCUCUAACUCAGCUCUCCUCCUGGAAGAUUGGCGAUCUUGUUGAACCCGUCAUCUGGAAAUACACCACAGAUGUAGAGGCCUAUCUGACCGGCGACCUGUGGGACAAGUACAAAAUUAUUUUUCCAAAUGUCUGGUUUGGUUCGGCCUUUAAAGGUGCCAAAUUUCCAGACACGAUGAUCAGCCCUGUGGAGUAUUAUUUCGACAUUCAUAGGUCGUGGAAGUCGGUUAUAGCAAUGUACUCUAAUGAUGUCAACUUUAAGGGAGGGAUUCUCACAGGUUGGCAAAGGUUUGACCACUUCUCAAUACUCUGCGAGCUCCUGCCUGUCGCAAUUCCGUCCCUAGCAAUAAACAUUAUGUAUUUGUCUUCUAACAUUAAAACUCUUUCUGAGCUGUCAGUGCAUGUGCAAAAAAUCACUGGCUGUUCCGUUUUCAUUUAUGGGGAUAAACGCUGCUCUUUCCCUGGGAACAGCCUGCAUGAGGAAAUUGCCAAGUUUUCUCAGCUCAUAUACAGGAUUAAACUUGCAAAGAAUCAUUCGAUCUUCAAAGGGUGGAUGACCAGUUAUAACCUGGACAACGCGUUUUCAAAUCCAUCUCAUGUUGAAGAAAUAAGUAAAGAAAUUUUAAGCUUGUACAUGGAAUUAAUGGAACUUGAGACUUCCAUAGAGAUGGCCAUGGAUGAGGUCUACAAUAAUGCAACCACCAAAGAGUGGAUAAAUGUAUACCUGGAACCGUACAAAAAUGAACUGAAAAUGAUAGUCGAUGGAAGGAAUAAGAUUUUAGCCACUGACCAUUGGCCCAAGAGACCAAUAGGUUAAUUUAUAAUUCGUUUUUAUCUGGUCAUUUGUUUGAAACUCAGUGAAAAAUAAAAUAUUUCUUUUUAAA